AUGGCCGCGGAGAUGCCCUCAGCCAAGGCCCUACAGCUACCCACCAAGGUGCCUUUCUGGCGACUCGUUAUCGACCCUGGUGUGAUCACCCAAGAGGUGGCAGACCAUCAUUACGCCGGAUCAGGAACGGAGGAGGAUCCAUAUGUGGUUCAAUGGCUUCCAAACGAUUUUCGAAACCCUCUCCAGUUGAAGCCUUCGUUAAAAUGGCUGGUUACGGUCGUCGCAGCCCUCGAGACCCUAGUGGUCGCUCUCGUCUCCUCAGCAUACACGGGAGGUAUCAUUCAAAUCGAAGAACAGUUUGAAACAACCACGGAGAUUGCGACGUUGGGGGUCUCACUCUAUGUGCUUGGAUUUGCCCUGGGUCCUCUCCUAUGGGCUCCCAUGAGUGAGCUUUUCGGUCGCCAAUCGGUUUUCAUCACCACAUACUGUGGCCUGACCAUCUUCUGUGCCGCCUGCAUUGGCGCAAAGAACAUCGAGAGUCUACUGAUCUUCCGUUUCUUGGCGGGCGCGUUUGGUUCCUCGCCCUUCACCAACUCAGGCGGUGUCAUUGCCGACAUGUUCAUGGCUCGCCAGCGAGGUCUGGCCCUUUCGGCCUUUGCAUUGGCACCCUUCCUCGGUCCCGUCAUCGGACCUAUCGCCGGUGGAUUCCUUGGUAUGGCCGCGGGUUGGAAAUGGGUUAUGGGCCUGUUGACCAUUCUCUGCGGUGUGAUGUGGUUUGUGGGAGCCGCCCUGAAGCCUGAGACUUAUGCUCCGGUUCUCCUACGUCAGCGCGCGAAGACUCUCUCCAAAAUGACCGGUCAGGUGUACUGCAGCAAACUGGAUAUUGAUCAAGGACGUGUCACUCUGAAGGCUGCUAUGAAGACUUCCCUCUCGCGGCCCUUCAUUCUGUUGUUUCGCGAGCCUAUCGUGCUGCUGCUCUCCAUCUACCUUGCUAUUAUCUACGGAACCCUAUACAUGCUUUUCGGUGCCUUCCCCAUUGUGUAUGAGAUUCAUCGUGGAUGGAACCAAGGUGUUUCGGGUCUUGCCUUCCUUGGUGUGAUGGUGGGUAUGCUCUGUGCUAUCGCCUAUUCGAUCCCCGAGAAUUCGCGCUAUAUCAAACUCCUCGACAAGAAGGGAGGUUAUGCGCCUCCGGAGGCCCGUCUUCCGCCAUGCAUGCUGGCCUCGCUUGCCCUUCCGAUAGGCCUCUUUUGGUUUGCCUGGACUAACUCGCCGUCGGUCCAUUGGCUUGCGAGCAUUGCUGCUGGAGUACCUUUCGGAUUCGGAAUGGUGCUCGUCUUCCUCAGCGUCUUUAACUAUCUGAUUGAUGCCUACACUAUCUUCGCGGCCUCUGUUUUGGCUGCAAACUCCCUUCUCCGGUCGUUGUUCGGCUUUGCUUUCCCGCUCUUCACCUCUUACAUGUUCCAAAACCUGGGAAUUCAUUGGGCAUCUUGUAUUCCGGCCUUCUUGGCCCUUGCAUGCGUGCCGUUCCCCUUCCUGCUUUACAAGUAUGGUCUUUCCAUUCGAAAGCAUUGCAAAUACUCUGCCGAGUCGGAAGCUUUUGUUCAAAACAUCCUCGCAACCAUGAAAAAGGCCUCGGAGGAGGGCUCCGAAAAGGAUGAACCCGAGGUUAACCAGCCCGAGGAGGACGACGUGGCUUCGCUCCCCGAGCCAAAGGAACAGACUUCAGCGGAUGUUCACUCUGUUCAUCGCACACUCUCACGCUCAUCCACCCACACUACACAUGCAAUGCACCGGGUUCCUACAUACGAGGCCAAUCCUUAUAACAUUGACCGCGUGCAUACCCGGGAGUCAUUCAAAUAA